CGUAACUCGUCUAUUCCGUUAUUCUGGACCAUAAGACAAUUCAUUAAUUGUCAGUUUAAACAUAUUUUUUUUCAUCAUAAAUCAUCAUUCCAGGCUGAGUAGCCUAGUACUUACAUGUGCCACUCUUUAGCCUGACCUCAGUCGGAAUCGAACCCCACUAGUAAAACUGGAUUCAGACCGAACCGUUUGUGGGGCAGCUGAUCGUAGCAGAGGGGAAAGAUUGAGAGCCUCCUAGUGGGGAUUGGUGGGCAACACUACUUGCUCGAUUUUUUUCUCUCGAUAGUGUCCCCGUGUGGGUUAAUGGCUCCUCCUGCAACUGAGAGAGACGGAGCUGGCAGCGAGUAGCAAUACGGGGGAGCAGUCGGAAAAACAUAACUACGGCCCUAAUUUAGCUGUUUUCGGUUGCAGUUCGUUGGAUGUUAUUUGAAAAAUAGGCAGACGGGGUUGUAGUUGGGGCAUAGUGUCAAACUAGAAGUGGGGAGGUCGAGGAAAGCGUUCUAUUUUUUAACAACCAACUCCCCAAAUGAACUCCAUCAGAGCCACCAACAGGAGACCCAGGCGAGUGUCGAGGCCGCGCCCGGUGCAACCCGAACGGAACAACGGGGAGCGAGAUGGUGAGGCUCCACCAGCCGAGAUGGCUGUGGAGGAGUCGGGACCAGGAGCUCAAAACAGCCCCUACCAGCUCCGCCGCAAGUCGCUGCUGCCAAAGAGAACUGCCUCUGCCGCCACUGCCUCCGCCUGCCCCAGCAAAAGCCCCAUGGAGGGAGCCUCCACCUCGACCACAGAGCCCUUUGGCCACCGAGCCAAGCGAGCACGGGUGUCUGGCAAAAGCCACGACCCACCAGCAGCACCAGCAGAGCAGUAUCUGCAACAGAAGCUUCCAGAUGAGGUGGUGUUGAAGAUCUUCUCCUAUCUUCUGGAGCAGGACCUCUGUCAGGCAGCCUGUGUCUGCAAACGCUUCAGCCAGCUAGCCAACGACCCCAUACUCUGGAAGCGUUUGUACAUGGAGGUGUUUGAGUACACGCGUCCCAUGAUGCACCCUGAGCCCGGAAAGUUCUACCAGGUCAGCCCGGAGGAGCAUGAACACCCCAACCCCUGGAAGGAGAGUUUCCAACAAUUGUAUAAAGGAGCCCAUGUAAAACCGGGCUUUGCAGAGCAUUUCUACAGUAACCCAGCCAGAUAUAAAGGCAGAGAGAACAUGCUGUACUAUGACACCAUCGAGGACGCGCUGGGCGGCGUGCAGGAGGCUCACUUUGACGGCCUGAUCUUCGUCCACUCUGGCGUCUACACAGACGAGUGGAUCUACAUCGAAUCACCCAUCACCAUGAUAGGAGCAGCUCCUGGGAAGGUAGCUGAUAAAGUAGUGAUCGAGAACACCCGCGACUCUACAUUCGUUUUCAUGGAAGGAUCGGAGGACGCCUACGUGGGAUACAUGACCAUCAGGUUCAACCCCGAUGACAAGUCUGCCCAGCACCACAAUGCCCACCACUGCCUGGAGAUCACCGUCAACUGCAGCCCCAACAUCGACCACUGCAUCAUCCGCUCCACCUGCACAGUGGGCUCCGCUGUGUGUGUGAGCGGCCAGGGGGCGUGUCCUACCAUCAAACACUGCAACAUCAGCGACUGUGAGAACGUGGGCUUGUACAUCACGGAUCACGCGCAGGGUAUCUAUGAGGAUAACGAGAUCAGUAACAAUGCGCUCGCUGGCAUCUGGGUGAAAAACCAUGGCAACCCCAUCAUCCGACGCAACCACAUCCACCACGGACGAGACGUCGGGGUGUUCACCUUCGAUCAUGGAAUGGGCUACUUUGAGAGCUGUAACAUCCACAGGAACCGCAUUGCGGGCUUCGAGGUGAAGGCGUACGCCAACCCCACGGUGGUGCGCUGUGAGAUCCACCACGGCCAGACCGGGGGCAUCUACGUGCACGAGAAGGGGCGGGGCCAGUUCAUAGAGAACAAGAUCUACGCCAACAACUUUGCGGGCGUGUGGAUCACCUCUAACAGCGACCCCACGAUACGGGGCAACGCCAUCUUUAACGGUAACCAAGGAGGCGUGUACAUCUUCGGAGAUGGGCGGGGCUUAAUCGAGAGCAACGAUAUCUAUGGCAACGCACUGGCGGGAAUCCAGAUUCGAACCAACAGCUGUCCCAUCGUACGACACAACAAGAUCCACGAUGGCCAGCAUGGAGGCAUAUAUGUGCACGAGAAGGGCCAGGGUGUGAUUGAGGAGAACGAGGUGUACAGUAACACGCUGGCAGGAGUGUGGGUCACCACCGGCAGCACCCCAGUCCUGCGCCGGAACCGCAUCCACAGUGGCAAACAGGUGGGUGUGUACUUCUAUGACAAUGGUCAUGGUGUUCUGGAGGACAACGACAUCUACAACCACAUGUACUCUGGCGUGCAGAUCAGGACGGGCAGCAACCCCAAGAUCAAGCGGAACAAGAUCUGGGGGGGGCAGAACGGGGGCAUCCUGGUCUACAACUCUGGCCUGGGCUUCAUCGAGGACAACGAGAUCUUCGACAACGCCAUGGCGGGCGUGUGGAUCAAGACGGACAGCAACCCCACGCUGAGGAGGAACAAGAUCCACGACGGCCGAGACGGAGGCAUCUGCAUCUUCAACGGAGGGAGAGGCUUGCUAGAGGAGAACGACAUCUUCCGGAACGCCCAGGCUGGAGUGCUGAUCAGCACCAACAGCCACCCGGUCCUCCGCAAGAACCGCAUCUUCGACGGCUUCGCUGCAGGUAUCGAGAUCACGAACCACGCCACGGCCACGCUAGAGGGAAACCAGAUCUUCAACAAUCGCUUUGGGGGUCUGUUCCUGGCCUCCGGGGUCAACGUCACCAUGAAAGACAAUAAGAUCAUGAACAACCAGGAUGCUAUAGAGAAAGCUGUGAGCAGAGGGCAGUGUCUCUACAAGAUCUCCAGCUACACCAGUUACCCCAUGCAUGACUUCUACAGAUGUCAUACCUGUAACACGACAGACAGGAACGCCAUCUGUGUGAACUGCAUCAAGAAAUGCCACCAAGGCCACGACGUGGAGUUUAUACGACACGACAGGUUUUUCUGUGACUGCGGCGCCGGAACGCUAUCCAAUCCCUGCACUCUGGCCGGGGAACCCACGCACGAUACAGACACUCUGUACGACUCUGCCCCGCCCAUAGAGUCCAACACGCUGCAACACAACUGAACAGAGUGAAGUGCCCACACACACACACACAUAUACACACACAUACACACACGCGUCACACUCGGUGAAGGAAAUGGUCCCUUGGAGCGUCUCUCCGAGAGCUUGUAGGGGCUGUCACUUCUAAGGUGCUGAAGACAUGGCCUCUGUUUUGGUUUUUUGGUUCUUGUACAGAUGUUCAGUCACUGGUUCCAAGUAAAUGCAUAAACCUUGCACAUUCACCAACAAGCUUUCGACGAUGGCUCCAGACAUUUAAGAGAUGAGAUGUUCUUAGCAUAACGUCAUUGUGUUGUUCAUGGUCUUGGGAAAGUGUACCCCGACAUGGAUGAGAUCUUGGAUGAUGGAUCUUACCUCUGGAAGUGAUGGUUUUGCUAGGGAAUAUCUGCCAAUUUCUCCCAUUUCUGACACUCGACAUGCAUAGAUGCAUUUUCACACAUAUAUUACACACACACAAACAAAC